AUCGCUGUGCGAGAGGCAGGCUCUGCGUCGCCAGAGCGUCCCCGCCUGCGCCGGCCGCCGGGCGAGCAGCGGGCCGGGGCGCGCGCGGGAGGCCGAGCAACUUCCCGGCGCCCAGUCGCUAGGUUCUGCCCGCCUCGCUGUGCUUUUAGAACUCCAAGGUCUUGAAGUGCUGGCCCCAGAGGUCUGCAAUGAAACCGCACUUGAAGCAAUGGCGACAACGAAUGCUCUUUGGGAUAUUUGUUUGGGGGCUUCUCUUUUUGGCUAUCUUCAUCUACUUCACCAACAGCAACCCUGCUGCUCCUGUGCCCAGCUCCUUCUCCUUCCUGGAGAACCGUGGGCUCCUGCCUGUGCAGGGCAGGCAGCGGGCCAUCAUGGGUGCUUUGCAGGAGUCCUCCCUGACCAGGAGUUUGGAGGCAAGCAAAGCACUGCUGGGCAACCACCCUGCCAGCCCCUUCCACAGCGGGCCUGGGGACCCACAGAAAUGGGACCAGACCCCAGGUGACUUUGACAAUGGGGAAGAGUUGUUUUUAUCCCAGGUCGGGAGGAAAUCGCAAAGUGCUUUCUACCCAGAGGAAGACGGUUACUUUUUUGCUGCUGGCCAGCCAGGGUGGCGCCGUCACACGCAGGGCGCCCUGGGACUGCCCUCCCCGGGGGAGCCAUCGCGGCGGGCUGGACCCGUCCAGUACAAGCGGGAGAAGCUUCACCGUUCGAGACGGAGCCGCGUGCCUGAGGACGCCUACGACGGCGACGUGCUGUCGGCCUCCAUGUCCAGAGCCUUCCUGUACCGGCUCUGGAAGGGGACCGUGUCCUCCAAGAUGCUGAACCCUCGCCUGCAGAAGGCCAUGCGCUACUACAUGUCCUUCAACAAGCACGGAGUGCGCUUCCGCGGGCGGCGCGAAGUCCGGCGCACGGGGCCCGAGUUGCUCUGCGAGCUGCGCAGGCGCGUGCGCGUGCGCACGCUGGACGGCAAAGAGCCACCCUUCUCGGCGCUGGGCUGGAGGCCGCUGGUACCUGGGGUACCUCUAAGCCAGCUCCACCCGCACGGCCUGCGCACCUGCGCCGUGGUCAUGUCCGCCGGGGCCAUCCUGAACUCCUCCCUGGGGGAGGAAAUUGAUUCUCAUGAUGCAGUUUUGAGAUUUAAUUCUGCCCCUACACGUGGCUAUGAGAAAGAUGUCGGAAAUAAAACCACAGUACGCAUCAUUAACUCCCAGAUUCUAGCCAACCCCAGCCAUCACUUCAUUGACAGCUCCUUAUAUAAAGAUGUUAUCCUGGUGGCCUGGGACCCAGCUCCUUAUUCUGCUAAUCUUAACCUGUGGUAUAAGAAGCCAGACUACAACCUUUUCACUCCAUAUAUCCAGCACCGCCGGAGACACCCAACUCAGCCAUUUUACAUUCUUCACCCCAAAUUCAUAUGGCAGCUUUGGGACAUUAUCCAGGAGAACACUAGGGAGAAAAUCCAGCCCAAUCCACCAUCUUCUGGAUUCAUUGGAAUCCUCAUCAUGAUGUCCAUGUGCAGGGAGGUGCACGUGUAUGAGUACAUCCCAUCUGUCCGGCAGACAGAGCUUUGCCACUACCACGAGCUCUACUACGACGCAGCCUGCACUCUGGGGGCAUACCACCCACUGCUCUAUGAGAAGCUCCUGGUGCAACGCCUAAACAUGGGCACCCAAGCAGAUUUGCAUCACAAGGGCAAGGUGGUACUGCCAGGCUUCCGGGCCCUGCGGUGCCCGGUAACCAGCCCCAACAAUACGUACUCUUAAAAUGGAACUCUUGGGAACUGAUGUGCAAUAAGGUACUACUGUUGUCCUCAAAGUCACAAAAGAAUACUUGAAGAUAGAUUUAGACAAUGUGUUGUCUUUAAUUGUAACUUAGUGGCCAUGAGAAUUCUUUCUAGUCUAAGCCAUUGAGUAACUGUUACUGCUAUGAAUAUAGAAAUGGAACUUUGAAACUAUCCAAGAAAUAAGCAAAAAAAGGAUACAUAGAAAGAAAACAGAUGUGUACCCAUGGGCAUGAUACCUCUAAACAUGUUAACCUCUACAUCAGAGACACUCUUUAUCACAGUUGGUUCCAGCCAUGAGUUAGGGUGAUACUACUAGUAAUAUGGUUUCCAUCUAGAAAUAUCCAAGUUGGGGUCCUGUUGCUAGCAUGUCACUUGUAUGCAUUAAGCAGCCUGGAUUCUGUGAUGGAUGUCUGAAGUCUCACUCCACAUAUCUUGUCGGGCAUCUGAUUUUCAACCAUGCCUUUGAAGCGCUGCUUCCUGGUGCUGUCUGGAUGUUAUGACGGAGAACCAGACCACACUUAGAAAAGUACAACUCAUCCAUUCCAGGAAGCCAAACCAAACCCCUGCUGCCAGCAAAGAACAGCUCCUUUGUCUUCCUGCAGCAUCCCAUACCUGGCCAGCAGCACUUGGCGCAUGUAGGCAGCAGUCCAGGUGGUACCUGCAAGGUCAUGACUGGUCAGGCAUCCCUUCCCUGGCUGUUCCAUUUUAUGCUCCUGGCCUGCAAAGGCACCCCGUAGCUCUCAUAUAGCCAGUGACAAACAUGCAAGGCAAUUACUGCAUCCCUGAAGGUCAGCCAAGGGACAUCCUUGUUCCUUCCACACUAUAAAGAGAGGAUUUGGAGUGCUCACUCUGAGCUGCAGGGGAUGCACUCCUGUAAAUUCUGUAUGCAGUUUCUGCAGGCUUUCUCAGCUAUUGGAGACUUGCCCUUCGUGUGCUCUGAAUGUCCCCAGUUCACUGACAAAAGGCUAAGAGCCCAUUCUUGUUUUCAUCAGUAUGUUUUAUGUUAACAAUGUGGCAGAGCCACAGAAUGGUUUCUAACAAGGUGACUAUAUGUGUGGCAGAUGCAUGGGCAGGAGCAAGUGUUCUUCCCAGCAUGUUCCUGUACUGAGAUUUUUAACCUAAGCUUCUGUCACUAAUGCAUCCUUUUGUGUGGAUUUUUUGUUUGUUUUUCAAUGAAGACAGUGGAAAAGAAGCGUUUUAGAAUUCUUGUUUCAAUAUCAAAUCAAAGCAACUCUCAGUGGUAUAGUUAAGAGUUUUUGGCAAUGACAAUAGCAGUUUAAUUAAAUGCAACCCCCCCUUGCAAAAUGUGUGGCUAUCAAAAUUUUGUAGGGGGAAAAUAUGUUUGUUUCCUGAUUAGUUUUGUCCUGGCAUGCUCUAAGGAUUGCUUCCCAAGGAAGCAUAGUUUUCUGAGACCGCCAGCUUCUGUUUGACUAUUCUUCCCAGCAGAGCUGAAGCAGGCCUGCAGACAUGCCCAGUGGCUUGCUACAGCAGUUAAGUGAGAAGAGUCGGGGUUAUGACUGCAUCUGCUGAGAGCCCAUGCUGAGCUCCACAACUGAGCAUCAUCUGCUCACCCGGGUCCGGCCUUGCAGUCUCACAAAAGCUUGGCCUUGUCCCCAUGUUGACAUGUCUAAUCCUGUCCGUAACUCUUGAGGACACGCUGGUGUGGGAUGUGUAUUUACCCCUAGAGUCCUUGGAUGAUUCUAGAUCUUCCAGGCUUUGCCAUUUUAAAUGCUCACAAACAUUAAUAGUCUUGAAGGGGAUUCACUUACUCGGCAUACUUAUUAUCCCGGACAAUCCCCUUUGGUGGCAUGAGAAUUUGGUUAGAGAAUAACUUAUUGAGGUCAGUGUAAAUAGUCAAGUUCAAAAGCCCCACAAAACACUUCAAAGGCUGUUAAAUAGCAUUCUGUUGUCGCUCAUGUACUUUUAAAAGGCGGCUCUCAGUUUUACAGGGGUUACAAGGAGACUGUAGAGCAUAAAGGAAAUUUAAUUAAAUUUUUUGAAUUUAUUAUGGCCCUAAAGACUCUUGGGAAUCAGAGUCUGUUAAACACUCAGAAAAUGUGGUGCCCAUAUUAAUAUACUGUUGGCUAGGCACUCUUGUAUUUAAAAGUUUAAAUAGCUUAGCCUCUUGCAAAUGUCACACAGUGAUGGCUAAUGUGAUGGCUGCUUCUUGUAUUAGCUAAAUGGGUCCUAAGUGGCAGUAUUUUGCCAGGCAUUGAUUAAAUACUUCCACACUACGUUUACUAACCUAAAGUGAACCCCACAGCAGCCGUAGAAUAGCAACACUAACCGGCCUGCCACCUCAUUUCUCUCCGGCUCUGGCUCUUCCAGAACCGUGUGACUUCUUCUGUGAAGGGACUCCGGUCAGAUCUUCUUGGUGCCACCAGAAGCCACCAGGUGCUGCUUCCUCGUGCCUCAGGUCUGAUAGAUGUCACAUCCCUUUGUUUUGCAAGAAGGCAUCGGCAUCAGCACUCUGUUUCUUGUUGUUGCCUCUGUUCCUAUUACAAAGACACCAGUGUUGUCUAAGAAUAAGGACUCAGUCACGUCCAGAUUCUCUCGAACUUGUGUCUCUAGCUGCUCACAUGAGGCAAGAGAUAAUUUAUGCAUGAUGAGGAUGCUCAGACACAGACAACUCCAUGGAAUGGCUGACCACACCCACCACAUCCUCAUAGAGCUAAUUCUAUGGUAGACUCUGAGAGAACAAGUGGUGCAUGCAGGCAUCUCAGAUGUGCUUUAAUAGUCAAGUUAGAGAUGUGAGUACACCUCCAUUGCUGUGUCUUUUCCUCCCUGGUCUCUGAGCUCAAGGUGCUUUGUUUCAGAAAUGGAACUUUGUGUCUUGACCCCUUGGUCCCUUCACCAGUCAACCAGGAUUCUCUGGUAGUCCCAUCGUUGGAACCAUAACAUCUAAGCAAAAGCACUGAUACUAUAGUCGUUAGUGUUUUCAGAAUUGGAUGUCAAAGGGCCUGGCUUACUCUGUCAUGUUUAUGAGCUACUUCAUCUGCUGGAGGAGAGCUCAGCCCCCUGUUGUCAGCUGACCCUACUCAAAAAUUCUGGAUUAACUGGGCACAGUUUUGGGUGCAUCAAGUGGAAUUGUUUCCCAUAAGUUAUGGCAUGAUAAAAGACUUUGGUGUGCACCAGUGACUUGAUUAAGUUGCACCAGAUUUUCUUAGGACACAUGAUACAUUAGUCUGCAGACAUGUCCCAUCACACUGUCCAUUUCAAUUUCUGGCUUUCUGAUAGUUGGAAUGCUACUCCAUGGCCAUAUGUCUGAUGAAGGCAGCUCUGUUUAGACAUGAAUAGCUUAGGUAAAAUAUGCCUGCAUUUCAGCACGCUUUUGUAUCUGGACGUUUCCAUUGUGAGAUUACUCCACAUUCCUGUCUUUUGGGCUUUGUUUAGACACUUGGUGAGUGAGUGGUGGCAUUUCUCUAGCAGCUCAAGAAAAUAAAAUGCAAGUUCUGGUUCUUGUUAAAUGAAUGAAGUCUUCAAUAACAAAAGAAUCUCAGCAUGGUCUCUACAAGAUUAGGGUAGUGACACUUGAAGAAAUAAGGCUACUGAUAGAGUUCUUAAUCUUAGCAUAAAAGUGUGCUUGUAGAUAGUUAUAUAACUGUAUAUAUACUUAUCUACACACAUGGUUGGUUUUGUAUUGUCUUUUUCUUUCAUCUUUAUGAUAAAAGCUUUACAAUAAAUUGUAUUUUAAUUAUGAAGACACAAAUUUUUUUAAGAGAAGGAAGCAAAUAUUUUGUUCUUCUGCUAAAAAUAAACCAGUUUUCUGCCGUCACCCCCCCCACACCCCCUCCCAUUUUACAUGUCAUAGCCACAUUAACAAUGACCAAAACAUUGAAAGGUACAGUGCAUCCAUUACUUAAAUGUUGUAAUUAGUCAGAAGCCUGAUGUAGCUCUGAAUUUUGAUGAGUGUGUUGACUGCCCAUGGCUUUUACAGAUUAAGGGAAGAAAUACUAGUUGAUUCUCUGGAAAAUAAAUUUUAACAAAACAAGUGCAACAGUAGUGUUAAAGCCUAAGUUUACAACACCUACCCUGUUUUGCUCUAGAUAAAUACUUAUGGAAUCUUUCUGCUGGAAACCAGUGAACUUUUUUAAAGGCUUUGGGAAUUUUUUUGUAUGAUAAUUUUUAAAACAAAAUGUGUUGUCUUCAAACUAAUUAAUGGCUUGAGGUUUUCCAAGAAGCGCAUUUUAAAAAGUGUUUGUACACAUUUUAACACUUGGAUAUUUUCUAUUUUGGUUUUGUAUAUUUUUAUGUGUACACAGUGUACAGACUUGUAAAUAAAACAUGUUUUCAUUUA